AUGGGGGAUGCGGGGAGGAUGUUCAUGUGGAGUGACUACACAGUGGAGGUGCGCCUCAAUGACUACCUGGACAUCAUCUGCCCACACUACGAGGAGGGGAGCGUGGACCCCCGCACCAUGGAGCGCUACACACUCUACCUUGUGGAGCUCGAGGAGUUCGAGGCCUGCAAGCCCAGCUCCAAGGAGCAGAUCCGCUGGGAGUGCAACAAGCCCAGCGCCUUGCAUGGCCCAGAGAAGUUUUCUGAGAAAUUCCAGCGCUUCACCCCCUUCACCCUGGGCAAGGAGUUCAAGGAGGGGCACAGCUACUACUACAUCUAUGAUGCAGCCGCCCACGUGCUGAGGAGUGUGGGGCAGAGCCCAGCCAUGAGGGGCAGCAGCCCCUUCACUUUCAUCAGCCUACUCCUGCCCCUCCUGGUGCCACAGGGGCUGUGA